AAGUGUGGGCUCAGUCCUGUCCAUUUCGCACAUUUGACAUGAUGGACAUGAAGCGUCGUGCGAGGUCGUUGCUGGCAGUGGCCGUGGGUGCAUGCGUAUGCAUGCACUUUGGCGCCGAUUACAAUGACUUUGAGGGUGCCUUUGUGGGAGGUGUGCAGGCUUCCCGAUCUAGCUUGCUUGCCUCUAGCACUGCAACUGCAGAGUCGAAGCAGAGUUCCAUGAGGUCUUCGCGCACAGAGCGCGGGCCUUUGGUCCAGCUUCGGGCAGCGAAGAAGGCGACAGGAGACACCAUCAUGCACGGCGACACGGUGUACAUCAAGGUCAUGACGGGGCGGUAUGUCGGCGAGCUGGAUGGCACCACAAAGCUGGAGUGGGUGAAGGCCCGCGGCACCAAGAAGGACAAGGAGCACGCACUAACCAUCGAGAAGAUGAAUAAUCGCGACGAACCCAUCAAGAAUGGCGAUGUCGUGAUGUUCGUGAUGCCGUCAGGUGUGCACAUGGACGUCCUCGGAAGUGCAGUUCGUGCCAGGUACUAUGACCCUAGAGGGGAGUGGCAGAAAAUUACCAUCGUCAAACAGGAUGGAGGGGAGAUCUAUUCUGGAGAUCAGAUCUUCUUGCGAGGACAUCAAGGAGAGUAUUUGGAUGCGAACCCCCUGGAGCGUGCCCCAGAUGGAGAGGUGAAGGCACGAUGGCGUGAUGAGGGGGAGUGGCAAGUUAUGUACAUUGAGAAAUGAGUUCGCGGAUCCCAAAUAGCCUGCACCUUUCAGUUCAUUGUGUGCCGGAGAACGGCACACUUUCCAUGGCAGACGUCAAGGUUGGAGAUAGAUCGUGGGAGUUCUAGACCUGUUGUGGAGCCUGAGAAAUUACAGAGCAAGAGACUGGAAUGAGAGCAG